AUGCCAGGGCCAAAAGCGAGUGGCGGAAGCAAGCCAAAAAAGCCUCUUACUCGCUUGGAAGAGAUGGCGAAAAAGGCGUACGAAACCAAAAAGGUAAACAGUACAAUAUCCAACGACUCUAGUCUCAGUCUGCGAUCGUUCAAAGGCGUGAAAGCUUCAAAUAGCGGAGCAGAUUCCAGUUCGGCUACCAGGAAAGACAGUGGUAAGGCCAAACCAGCACGCAAUGCAAAAGAACCCAAGAAUGGCAAACCAGCAGUGCAGGGCUCUACAAAGCCUUCUGUUAGAAAUAAGACCCCAAAAACGCAGCACAUCAAUGGAAAGAAUGGCGUAUCCUCCAAAAAUGGACAUGCCAAGCAACGGCAGCAGCCUGGAAACCCUGUCGUUACCGUUAACAACUCGACAUCGAGCGGUUCUGGCACUAUUUCACAAAGUGCCCCCCAGACAGCCGAUAAAAGCCAGGUCAAAUCGUCCAACGGGCCGUCUAAACGUUCAGAACCUUCUUUAGUGCAGAAACCACGCAAUAACACCAAGACAAAAAUUACAGGUCGCAAAGAUACUGCUCGUAAGAAUAAACCUAAGGUAACUGCAAGCGCUCCUAAUUCAAAACGUGGUGAAAAGUCUAAUAAGCCAGCUAAUAAGGUCAAGACUGAAAAUACCCUGCCUAAACCGCAAGUCCAAACAAUAGAUGAAAACUCCGAAAGUUUUGAAGAAGGUGAGCCUUUGAAGCGCUUUACCCAAUAUGUUCCCAAAAUGUCUUACCCCAACUUGGAGGAGUACUUCAACGAAUUCUCGUUCGCACUUUUCCUUGAGGAGCGACUUGAAAAUGACUUUCUACAAGAUUUCGAGAUUACAUGGCCGAAAAAUCCAAAUGAAAAGGCAUUGGUCGUGAAAAUGAAGGCUGAUAGUGACGAAGUCAAGAAAUUGUUGCCACCACAUCUUGUCAAGCUUGGUAGGCUGCCUUUUACCAAUCAGCAGCCCUUGAUGUUGACCAGCCAGGACGAAUCGAAGGUUUGGUACACCUUUGUCAGAGAGCUCGACUCCAAAAGAAACUGCAUCACGAUUCUCCUCGAGCUGUAUUCUUGGAACAGGGUUCCUUUACCUAUCAAAGAGGGAAACAAGAAUUUCAAGCUGUUGCCAUGUUCUGCCCAGGUUAAUAGAAUCAUGUUCGCAAUGACCAGAGUGCAAAAUCCAAAGUUUAUCAAAUUGAUUCUGGGUCAGGAGCGUAUCAAACAAUUGAACUUCAACAAUCGUUUGCAAUUCUCUAAAGAUACCUUCAACGAUUCACAAAAGGCUGCUAUUCAGCAUGUUUUGAACAACAGCAUCACUGUUUUGCAAGGACCUCCAGGCACAGGCAAAACAUCCACUAUCGAAGAGAUUAUUUUGAAAGUGAUGGAAAACUUCCACACUACGCCAAUCCUCUGUGUCGCAGCUUCGAAUAUUGCGAUUGACAAUAUUGCAGAGAAAUUUAUGGUCAACAGACCUGACAUUAAGAUUCUUAGAAUCUUGUCGCAGUCCAAAGAGGCACAGUAUAAUAAUGACCAUAUGCUGGGUAAAAUUUGUCUGCACAAUAUCGUUUACGACCAGCUUCCUGAUGAUAUUAAGGACAAUAUAGGAAAGCUGAGAUCAGGUAUUCCUGGUCUGGUUUCGAAGAACCAGUACAAUAAGUUAUUGACCACACAAAAUGCCAUCUCUGAUCGGCACAUUGCACAGGCUCAAAUCAUUUUCACCACAAAUAUUGCAUCAGGUGGGCGCCAAUUGAAAGCUAUCAAAGAAUUACCAGUAGUAAUUAUGGAUGAGUCCACGCAGUCCUCCGAAGUUUCAACUUUGGUGCCACUGUCACUACCGGGCAUCAAACGCUUCGUUUUUGUCGGUGAUCAAAAGCAAUUGUCCAGUUUCAGUAACGUACCACAAUUGGAAAUGUCUUUGUUUGAAAGAAUCUUGACCAACGGAACUUAUGACAAUCCUCAUCUGUUAGACACACAAUACAGAAUGCAUCCUGCGAUCAGUGAGUUCCCGAUUAAGACCUUUUAUGACGGGAAACUAAAGAAUGGUGUGACAGCUGAGCAGAAGAGCUGGCCAGGUCUAGCAUUCCCAUUAUUUUUUUACCACUGCAACAAGGGCCCUGAGUCUAAAGUUUUUAACUCUAAACGUGGGAUGAGAGGUUUCACAUACAACAACACGCAUGAGGCCGAAGCUGUUGUCGAGGUUUUACACAAGCUAAUAGUCGAAAAGAAUGUGAGGAGAGACGAAAUAGGUAUCAUUACACCAUACUCUUCACAGAGGGAUCUGAUAUCGGAGUUGUUGGUGCGCGAUCCUGUGGUCAAUCCGUCAGGCAAGGCAAUGGAACAAGAGAUGGACAAGGACGACGUUUUGGGAGGCGGAGAAUCUGUUGGCGGAGGCGCGAACAAAGUCACCAUCAACAUCGUCAACGGCGUUUUCGUUUCAACCGUCGAUUCGUUCCAGGGCCACGAAAAGCAGUUCAUUCUUUUUUCGUGUGUGCGGAAUAACGACGAAAACAAGAUCGGUUUUGUGAAGGAUCGUAGACGUAUGAACGUUGCAUUGACCAGAGCUAAAAACGGUCUGGUGGUGGUAGGAAACAAAGACGUGAUGAGACAAGGCGACCAGCUGUGGCAGCAAUACGUGGAUUACGUUGAAGAAAAGGACGUCGUAUUUGACACACUGAGUGGUUACUAA